UCGCAGCAGCUGGUUUAUCAGUGGAGGCAAUAAGCCAUGCAAAAGCUAAUGGUUGGUGAUUUGUUUCGGUGAUUUGUUGAACAAAAAAAAUCUUCUGUCGAUUGGAUGGUAGAAAGAGGUAACGAUAACUAUUUACCUAUCCGUAGUUUCCAAAUCUUGCGAUAAAAAGGUGAAUGUUUUGCGCAGACUUUAGCAUCUGCCAAUCUUCGUGUUAUUUAAUUGAAUUCUACCGCAGCAAACAAACUAAAUCGUCGAAGUGUUCAGACAAUAUCGUUGGAGUGUAGGGGCGGGUUGUGAGAAAAAUACCUCUACUCUAGGUCAACAGUGAUUGUGCAGUGCGCGGCAACAGAUAAACGCGAGGGGCCGCAGCGAAGUAUGCAAGAAUGGCUGAAAAUUUCACUGAUGCUGUGUACGUUCGGUUUCUUCCGAGAAAUGCGUCCAUCGGAACCCUUCGUCACCGAGUUUUUGUCUGGCGAGUGGCGUGACAUCACAACGGAGCAGCUGAACCGCGAGGUCUAUCCGAUCGGAACGUACAGCUAUCUGGCGGUGUUGAUAGUUGUGUUUCUCGUUACCGAUAUGCUGAGGUACAAAAUAAUAAUUAUAUUUUCUGCCUGUAUCGGUGUUGCAUUGUGGUCACUUAUGCUAUGGACAACUUCAUUAGCUGCCCUGCAGGUGAUACAGGUGCUGUACGGAACAUACAUGGCCGCCGAGGUAGCAUACUACACGUACAUAUAUGCGAAAAUCGACCGCGACAAGUAUCAACAAGUAACGGGCAAUACACGGGCUGCGGUGCUGAGCGGUCGGUUUUUGGCUAGCGUCAUCGGCCAGGCACUGGUGUCAACCAAAGCCAUGGACCUACGGCAACUGAACUACAUCACGCUGGGCGCUCAGGGAUUUUCUCUGCUGUGGUCUUUCGUUUUACCAUCGGUCAAAAGCAGCGUUUACUUUUACUCUAGCGAGCAUCAGCCGACAGCAUUGGAUACAAGCGAUGUCACAGCAGCCAGUGCCAAAAUCCAGAAUGACCACGAGGCAAUCCAUCGACAACCACAGGAUGCUGGGGAGGAAAUUAAAAAUGACAACCACACCACUGUCGAUCGAAUCGUCGUGAGUAUUCUUCCAGUUUCGUCUAGCCAAAUCGCCGACGGCGAUAAUCCAGUGGACGAAACCAAUGCUAAUUUGUCCCAAGCACGGUCGAACACCGUCGCCUCCGGUAUGCAUCCUGAGUCAUUAAAUGACCGGUCUCCAGGUACUGCCAACGUCACUGUUCCGAAGACUCGUUUUUCUUGCCACCGAGCUGGCCGUCUACUCUGGGCUCACUUUACGGCAGCCUACUUGAGAAACAUGACCGUAGUCCAGUGGAGCCUCUGGUGGUCGCUCGCGAUGGCCGGCUUCAUUCAGGUGCAAAUCUACGUCCAGCUGUUGUGGCACGAAAUCGACCAGGAUCAGGAAUACCUGUACAACGGUGGUGCGGAAGCACUGCUGACCUUGUUUGGCGCAAUCAGUGCCAUUGCAGCUGGUUACGUGGCGAACCGGAUAUUCGAGCAGUGGGCCCUCUGGAUACUGACGCUGUGUUCGGCUCUGCAAGGCGGAUUGAUACUAUAUUCUGGUUUCUCGACGAACAUUUGGGCGGCAUACGUUGUUUACAUACUGUUCGGUGUUCUUUACAUGUUCAUGAUUACAAUGGCCAGCGCGACGGUCGCCAAAUAUCUGGAGGAGGAUAGUUUCGGGUUAAUUUUCGGUAUAAACACAUUCAUCGCGCUGGCCUUUCAGUCCAUCCUGACCGUGGUGGUCAUCUCCGAGUCCGGCUUGAUGCUGUCCCCGCGCGAUCAGUUCAAGGUCUACGGUGGCUACUUUCUGGCACUGGCACUGGUGUACUUCAUUCCGGCUAGCAUAAGCAGUGUGAGGUACUGUCGACGCCAAACAACAGAGGCUGAGCCACAAAUGGCAGAAGGACGUGAAGUGAAAGAAGAAAGUGAUUUUACUCGUUUUUGAAUGUAGCGUUUGGUCUCGAAUUUUUGGCUGUAGAUUUUACAGUAAACAAUACUUUUCAGUUUAUAUAUUAUGUAUUACGAUGUGUUCGAUGACUGACUUGGCAUAGUAUAAUCUUAUAAUUUGGUUAAAAUCAUGAUGGAUUGUU